AUGGAUCCCAUUGAAGAGCAAAAGGAGGAACUCGAGAUACUACAGUCUAUCUAUCCUGACGAGCUAUCCAUUGCCAGUGAUACAGACUUCACCAUCGACUUGUUGUUGGAAACACCCAGUGAAAAGAAACAUCUGCUAGUGUUACAUGUUCAUUAUACUCCCAAAUAUCCUAACGAGCUUCCCGAUCUAGAUGACUCUGAAGACGAUUCCGAUGAUGAUGGUGAUAUUGAUGGCUCAGGAGCAACCAGAAAACCAGUUAUAAUCUCAGAAUUGGUGCAGUUCGAUUCAAGUGAUUUGAAAUCUUUAUUGAACAAAUUAUAUGACGAAGCCAAUGAGAACUUGGGCAUGCCCUUAGUCUUCACUUUAACCUCCUAUUUAAAAGAAACAGCUGAAUCUUUGUUCCAAGAUAAAUUGAAAAUCGAAGAGAAAAAACACGAAAAACAACAAUAUGAAAGAGAAUUGGAAGAAAAUAAAAAAUUUAUGGGUACUAAAAUAACAAAAGAAAAUUUUCAAGCUUGGAGAUUAGAUUUUAGAAAAAGAAUGAACUUAGAUCGAAGAGAACAAAAGAGAUUGGAUUUAUUACAUAGAGAUAAAUUAACUGGCAAACAAUUUUUCCAAAAUAAUCUCAACACUAUAAAUUUAAAUGAUUUAAAUGAAAACAUAUCAUCACUAACUGUUAAUUAA